CAUUUUAAAAUGGCCGCGAUGGCCGCCGCGAGCUGUGUCAUCAGCUGUAGAUCCUGAAGCAUUCUGCUGUUGGAUAUAGCAUUGGUCUUUACUAGAAUCUUGCGGCUCAUGACGGCGAAUGGAGGAUGAGAACAGGAAAUUGGAAGGUUCGGCUAAAGAUCUUGACGCGGCAUCUUUGAAAGAUGAUAAGAUCGCCGAAUUGAACGGUCAAAUAACCGAGUUAAAACGCGAGCUAGAGGCAGCUAGUAAGAAACUUCGGAAGGCUGAAUUUGAACGUGAUAGCGCACAAAGGAGUGUGGAAAAUCUCAAAACUGAAGUGAGAGAUUUAGGAAAAAAGCUGCAAGAAGAGAGAAAGAAGACUUUAGAGGGAAGAAAUAAAAGCAAUGAUCCUCUACAGGCUGAAAGCACGACACAAGAGGCUUCAAUUGGCAGUAACAAGAAGAAAAGCUGGCUAUCAGGUGGUCAUGGAAGCAAGGACCUCAAAGAGUCAUUAGAACAAGCAGCUGCUGAUGCCAUGUCUCUUGGUGGAUUUGUUUAUGAUGAAAGGACAGGAUUAUACUAUGACUGGAACACAGGUUACUACUAUGACCCAAAUAGCCGUUUAUACUAUGAAAACACUACAGGAACAUACUACUAUUAUGAUGAACAAAGUGCUACUUACAAGUUUCACUCCAAAGUUGAUUUGUCCUGUAAUCUUGAAGAAGCAGCAUCAACAGAAAUAAAAAAUGACAAGGAUGAAAGGGAGAGUGGUGAAGAAACCAGCGAUGACGAGGAAAAAAAUGACAAGGAUUCAGAGAUUACAGAGGUGCAGUUUCCUUGCAUCAGAGCCAUUGUAAUCAAGUCUUUGAAAAUGAAAGUCGGAAGUCUCUUUAUUGUAACUUGUACUGGAGGAACAAUUGGCAGAGAAAAAGAUAUGUCACAUGUUAUACGACUCCCUGAUUUUGAAGUCAGUAAGCUGCAGUGUAACAUUGAGUUUGACAAAGAAAGGAGACAGUACUUCAUCUGUGAUGUUGGAAGCAGAAAUGGAACAUUCCUUAAUGGAUCAAGACUUUCAGAGAGCAAACAAAAGAGCCAGCUGCAGGUCAUUACUCACGGUGACGAGCUGACCCUGGGAACCACCACAUUUCAUUUGCAUAUCCACCCAGGAACACAAACAUGUGACUCCUGUGAGCCUGGCCAGGUACAGGCCCUGGCACAUCAAGGCACCUCAACUGCUGUGGAUGACGAUGUUACCAUUACAAAAGUUGUUCCCGGAGAUAGAUCGUUAAAUUCACUUUCAGUUCAAGAACAGAGGAAAUCAGAACUGAAGAGAAUCAAGAGAGCUUACGCGUUAGAGGAUUCAACUUACUGUGAACAACCUACCGAUGGAACUCUUGCAGGAAAAUACAAAAAUCGUGCAGAAGUCAGACGCACCAAAGUGGGAAGUGACGUUCCUGUUGCGACUGCUGACGAUCUCCCAGCAUCCGUUCACCGACCUAUCAAAGAAGAAAAUGUUGGACGUAAAAUGUUGGAAAAGAUGGGCUGGAAAGAAGGAGAGGGCCUAGGACGAGAGGGAGCAGGUCGCCUUGAACCCGUAACAGUCGAAGUCCGUGACAGUCUCCGAGGUCUUGGUUCGGGUGUUAAAAGGAGCAUUGAUGACGUCGAUAGCAAAAGUUACAUCCGGGCUAAAACAAGAGAGAGGUUCGAACAGCCAAAAUCGGCAACUUCUGGUACAGUGAAAUUCGUGGCUGCCCACACCACUCGACCAGAAAAGGAAUCAUCGUCAAACUUCAACGAAAUUAAUGACAUUUCUGUAGAGAAACCUAGAAGUAGUCAAGAGUUACCGCUGACGCUGAAGACGGAAGAAUUGGAUAUUUUUGCAGAGUGAAAGGUGGAUGUUAAGACGUUAUAGCCAUGUUUUUACAGUAGUGAAAGUGUUCGCGGGCGCCCACAAACGCAUGACAAGAGAGUUGCGAUUGGGAAUGUCAGAGGAAGGAAUGUAGACUCAUCUAUUUCAUUUAAUCACGUCUUGCCUAUAAGAGAAGCAGAUGAUAUUAACGAUGAAUUGAAUCCCGUCCAUCUUUUUUCGAAUGAUCACGAAUGAUCAUCUGAACAUUAUAGUACCCGAUAUCGGAAGACCAUAAGGUGCUCAAUAGAAUUGCCUGGUUCAAAGCCAAUUUCUCUUAGACAGCGCUACGGCAAUUCACUAAGUAGCCUUUUGUAUAUUCGCAGGUGUCUUUGAAGGCUAUGUAGCAAACCGAAGUGACCUUAUCCUUUAAACUUAAAAGAUAUAAUUGAUUCUCCGUAUAAGUUUCCACACGUUGCUUUAAACUAUUUUUAAAAAAUUGGGUUUUACAUUAAGAUGGCUCUUGCUAGCACUAGUUUAAAAUACUUGUUCUUCGAACCGCAGAGACCAGCUCUGAUGAAAAUAUUAUAAGCCUCGGAAGACAAUUCAACCACAGUUGUCAUUGAAAGAUUAAGAGGAGAUGUUGGAGAUAAUAAUUUUUUUUCCGUGAUCCACUUGCCAGGCGAUUCGGCACAUAGUGCGGGAUUGACGUUUAGCUUUGAUUGGCUAACCACUGCAGUCUUUAAUCCUCACGUCGUCUAUACCAAUGUCUCCUUUAAAACCUGAACCACGAAUCCCCUCGAAAUAAAUCUAAAAGUAAAAAAAAAUGCGUUCUUAAAGAAAUUGCCUUUUUUUUUCUUCCUUACCAACACAGUGUACAAUUACGUUACCUCAUGCAUUUUUUCGGCCAGGAAUUGCUCUCAAUCAGUAGGGUUUAAGAUGGUGUUUAAAUUUGCGCGCAACUCCAGACUUAUUGAGACUUUUUAUUUCCUAACUAAACGGGAGGCAUACUCGUUUAUUAACGAUAAAGGUUGGUGCUAGAAUGGAAUUCAAAUCGUAUAUCAAUCGGUCACGCAUUUCACAAUAAUAGGUAGCAAAUUAACGAUUAUUUGCCGGGCGUAAGUAACGAAUCUCGUGAAUUUCAAGUAACUAUAGUAUGCCUUCUUCUCCUUAAAAGCAACUAAGAAAUCGCCUCGCAGCGAAUCAAAGAAUAACUUAUUUAAGUGUCACUCUAUCUCCAAUGUCUCAUUUUUUCUCAUGUCUCAAAAGUUCUCGAGGUGCCUACUAACAAGGAAAAUUUGGGGAGCUUUUGAAUAGAGUUAUAUUAGAUUAAAAUAGUGUCUUCCGCUUUGGUUUUA